GGGGUCUCGGAGGGAAUUCCCGGCUGCUCCCAAACCUUCCCAAAAUUCCCCAGACCUUCCACGCGUGGGGGUCCCGGAGGGAAUUCCCGGCUGCUCCCAAACCUUUCCAAACCUUUCCCAACCCUUCCACGCGUGGGGGUCCCGGAGGGAAUUCCCGGCUGCUCCCAAACCUUUCCAAACCCUUCCCAACCCUUCCACGCGUGGGGGUCCCGGAGGGAAUUCCCGGCUGCUCCCAAACCCUUCCCAAAAUUCCUCAGACCUUCCACGCGUGGGGGUCCCGGAGGGAAUUCCCGGCUGCUCCCAAACCUUUCCCAAAAUUCCCCGGACCUUCCACGCGUGGGGGUCCCGGAGGGAAUUCCCGGCUGCUCCCAAACCCUUCCUAAAAUUCCCCAACCCUUCCACGCGUGGGGGUCCCGGAGGGAAUUCCCGGCUGCUCCCAAACCCUUCCCAAAAUUCCCCAACCCUUCCACGCGUGGGGGUCCCGGAGGGAAUUCCCGGCUGCUCCCAAACCCUUCCUAAAAUUCCCCAACCCUUCCACGCGUGGGGGUCCCGGAGGGAAUUCCCGGCUGCUCCCAAACCCUUCCCAAAAUUCCCCAGACCUUCCACGCGUGGGGGUCCCGGAGGGAAUUCCCGGCUGCUCCCAAACCUUCCCAAACCCUUCCCAACCCUUCCACGCGUGGGGGUCCUGGAGGGAAUUCCCGGCUGCUCCCAAACCCUUCCCAACCCUUCCCCGUACCUCUGGGCCCACGGAGGGAUCUCCACCACGGGGGUGGCUGAGUAAAUUUGGCGUGGGGGAGGUCCCCGAAGUUGUCCGUGGGUGUGGGAGGUUCUCCCCACUCUCCUCGCCCCACAGGUCCCCCCACAGUCGGCAUCCACGGGGUUUUUGGGGGGUACCCUCCGAGGAGGUGCCCCCUAAUUUGCCGGUGGAUGUGGGAGCUGCUUCCCACCCCAGGGUGCUCCUCACCCACCGGCAUCCCUGACACGAGGGGACCCCGGAAUUUGAGGAGGGGAGUGGGAUCCUGUAAUUUUUCCAUGUGGGGGGGCUUUUCCUCACCCUCUUUUCCCCACAGGACCCCCUCCAUUCCCGUCAUGCUGCUCCAAAUCUCCCGGGCUGUGCUGCUCCUCUGGUUUUUGGGGUGGUUGGGCCUCACUGCCCCCCCAGAGAAGGUGGGGACCCACCCCAAAUUUGGGGAUCCCCCCACAAAUCCCCUUCACAGCAACCACAGGUUGUUCUAGGAUGAAGCUACACCCCAGGAGGUGUCACACCUGGAUUCCUGUCACUGUGGGGUUCCCUCUGGCCGGGAAAUUUGGAUUCUGGGAUCCCCCACCCUUUGCUUGGUGUAGGGAUGGUUUUUGGGGGGGUGAGGGACAAAUUCUGGGGAGGAGCUCUGGGAGACCUGGAUGAGGUCAGCGCUGGAUGAGACCCCCGUGGCCCAUCUCCUGCAGGACAUCCCCCACCAGACGGGGAACGUGAGCAGCCGUGGGGCUGAGCAGCUCCGGGGAGGACACCAGGUUGUCCCAUCCAACCUCCAUCAGCAGCAGGAAAGAUCUCAGGAUGUUCAUCCCCAACCAGAGAGCAUCCUGGUCCUUCAGGAGGUGACGGAGAAGCUGCGGAGGGUCAACCAGAGCCUGGAGCUGAUGCUGACGGCCUUGGAAGACGCACAAAUCCAGCUGGAAAAACACCUGGAGCAGCUCAGAGCCAUCCCUGACCUGGAUGGUAAGAGCCAAAGUGCCACCUCCUCCUGCAUGCCAUAUUUGACGCUCCUGGUUCUUCCACUGGUGCCGGCGUCAUUCCGGGUCAUCCUUCUCCUCCUCUUCCUCGCUUCCAGCGCCCUCGGCAUCCCAGCAAUCUCCACUUUCCUGGUCCUUGCUGCAGCAGGGCAUUGGCUGCUGGCUUCCGCCUGCCGUGGUGCCGGAAGGAUCCGGCCGGUGGUUCCCCGGGAAGAGCCCCGCUUCCGGCUCACCUCCACCCCGGAGAGGGAAUGCGAUAUGGAACUGCUGCAAGAGGAGCUGGACAGGAUGGAGAUGAGCUGCCUGCAAGAUGAGAGGUGCCCACAAGACCUUUCACACCUGGAGCAGCCCCAAGAGGUGGCCGGGGACAUUCCCGAAUUCCCAGGGCAGGUGUCACCCGACUCCGGUGGCCAGAGGACAGCACUGAACUCGUGUGGGGUGACACCGGAGCUGCUGAUGGAUGCUGGGAAGCUCUGGGAGCCCAAACCCUGCAGCCCAAUGGCCAACGUGUCCCUGUGCCAGGGUGUCACCAGGGCUGGGCAGCGGUGCCGGAAGAAAGCGAUUCCCGGGCAGGAAUUCUGUCACGUCCACACCACCAGCAGUAGCUUGGCCAUGGAUUCAUCCCGCCAUUUUUGACCGUCUCCCUGAGGGAUUUUAACUCUUUUUAUGGCUAUUCCAGAUCCUGGUGGAGAACAUGGACCCUAAGGAUGCCACUGGAUGUGGGUACAGGGCAGAUGUUCAUUGUCCCACCAGUUUUAUGCUAUUUGCAUAUAUUUUAAUAAAUGCCACAUUUACA